AGUCUAUUUGUGGAAGGCAGCGGCUGGCCGCGAUGGUGUCCGCGAGUUGUUUUGAAAUCACACGUGUGUUUUUGGUGCAAUAACAUUUACGACUGUGUUCAAUUCUAGUCGCAUGCGGGCGAUCGGUGGUGGGUGCCCCGUCCAAUCAGCUGUGUUUUGGCAGCUGCAGUCAGGCUUGUUACCAGUUUCGUCUUCUGCUUGUCGCAGCUCCAUGGGUAACCUAACCUAGCGGAACGUGGACCAGAAGUACCGCUUUCGGGGCCGUGUGAUUGCGACUCCCCUGCCGGCCUCAGGAAGCGAAAAUGAAGUUCCCGACGCAGCACUACGACGACUCGAGCGACUCUGACGUCAUCCCGCCCACGCCGGCCGCCAAGUCCACGCCACUGGUGCAGGGCGGCCGAGGGAAGCAGUCCUCGUCCUCGAGCGCCUCGGCCUCUGCGGCGCAAGCGACGCCCAGGACGGCCAGCCACCACGCCAAUGACAGCUCGUCCGAGGACGAAGGCUCUCCGCAGGGCACGCCCAUGGCCAGGGCUGUGGCUCUGAAGAGGGAGCCCGUCUCCAACUCCAGCAGUGGCGAGGACGACAGGGACACCUUCAGGAAGCAAAUCCUGGCCCGUAUGGGCACGGUUCAAAGCAAGAGGCCAGACCAUACCAUGUCAGCUUCAGAGGAGUCUGACGCUGAAGAUUCAGAUGCAGAUACGACCACUGCGCCGAAGCAGCAACAGCAUCAAGAUGAUAGCAGUGAGGAGAGUGAUGAUGACGACGACAACGGGCAAAUGGCGCAAAAGGUAUCUGCAGUUCAUGUCAAACAGGAGAAACCUAGUGCUUCUGAGAGUAGUGAAGAAAGCGAGGAUGAAUCCAACGAACACGGCAAAGCCAAUGCACAUACUGCCGCUCAUGGCUCUGACGACAGUGAAAGUGAAGAAGAAGUGGAACGAAAACCUGUCAUAUCAAAAUCUCGUCAUGCCCCCGACAAUGAUUCCUCCAGCGAUGAAGGUGGUAGUGAUGGAGGAGAGGUGCAGAAUAAAUCAGUUUCUGUGAAUACUCUCAAAAGAAAGACUUCAGAUGUGUCAUCAAGUGAAGAUGAUGAACCAGCGUACAAACCAUCAUCCAACAUCAAUUCUAGAAAAGAUUCCAGUGAAGACGAAUCUAGUGAAGAUGAGGAACCUCCUCCUAGACCAACAUCAAAUAUUAAUUCUAAAAAGGAUUCCAGUGAUGAAGAAUCAAGUGAAGAUGAAGUACCACCUCCUAAACCAACAUCAAAUAUGAAUUCUAGAAAGGAUUCCAGUGAUGAAGAAUCAAGUGAAGAUGAAGUACCACCUCCUAAACCAACAUUAAAUAAUAAUUCUAGAAAUGAUUCCAGUGAUGAAGAAUCCAGUGAGGAUGAUAAAACUGCCUCACCAAAGGUUGCCAAUGAUGCCUCUAGUGACGAGGAAGUUGAACAGAAACCUGUCAUUACAAAAUCAAAUCGAGUUCCUGACAAUAAUUCCUCCAGUGAUGAAAGUGACAGUGAAAGGGAAGAGGUGCAAAGUAAAUUGGUGUCUAUGAAUUCUAACAGAAGAAAGGCUUCUGAUGAUGUGUCAUCAAGUGAUGAUGAAAUGGUGGUAGCAAAAGCAACAUCUGCUCUACAGAACAGCCGGCAACGCACAUCAGACAGUGAAGAGUCAGAAGAUAAUGACAUUUCUUCAGCACCCCGGAAUCAAACUUCUGUCCAGCCACAGGAAUAUUAUGACUCAAGUGAAGACGAACAAAAUAAUGAGCCCAAACAAAAAGUGGUGCAGAAAAUUGAUUUUGUUGAGCUUCCAAAAGUAAUCCAAAAAGUUGUACCCUUGCUCAAACCAACUCCAACACCAAUACCUAAAAAGCGCACAGCAGUACCUAACUGUGAGCUUAAAGGACCAGCCUUGCUAAAAGAAACUUUUAAGAAUGAUGAAAAGCUGGAAGCUCGAGAUGCUUGUCUUACUGUGGAGGAUAUUGGAAGUGAUGAAGAGAUAUGGCUUCUUCAGUGUCCUCAAUCUAUGGACAUUAGUGCAUUGAAGAAACAGAAUAUAAAUCUGUCUGGGGAAAGUGAUAUCCAAUUAGAAGAUGGUCCCUUAUUCAAAAGAUUCUCUAUCACCCCACAGCAGAAUUCAAACGAUUCUAUCAAUUGUUUACUACCUCAGAGAAGUAGCAGACAUUAUAAGAUUUCUUGCCUGCCAAUUAAGGGCAAGAUUGUUAUCAAUGAGCACAUCCAUGUCCCCAAAUUGCGGUUGCCUGCCACAAGUGGAAAGGAUCCUGUGCCGUUUCCAACUGGACUCAAAAUUCGCCAUCCUCUUCUUGGACCUGAGUACAAGAAACAUUUGGCUGAAGCAAGAAAAUCAAUUCAAGAGAACGCCCUUCUUAACAAGCAGUCAAACAAGAAAAAGAAACACAGUUUGGAUAACGGUUACUCUGACAAUGAAGGGUCAUUUGAUCUGAAAUCUCAGUCACAUGGAAAAAAGAACCGGUCAGUCAACCAGAAUGAAUCAGUCCUGUCUAAUUCGAAAAGCCAUAGUAGUUAUAAUGAUGAAGGGAGUAGUAAAAAGAAAAGAAAAUUGUCCUUGGAUGAUAAUGAAGAAAGUGGUAAAAAGAAAAAGAAAUUGUCAUCAAAUGUGAAUGAUUUUGUUAACAAUAGUUUUCUGGAUGACAUAGUUCAAAAGAAACGCAAGAGCUCCAAGCGAGAAUCAAUUAGUGAGAGCAGCCUAAAUGAAAUGAUAGACAGAGAGGCAGGUAGUAAAAAGGAUAAAUCUUCAAAUAGGAAAAGCUCCCUUUUGCCCGAUGAGAGUUCUCAUGAUGUGUCUUCCAAGAAAAAUAAAUCUAAGAAUGGAAGUGAGGUGGGGAAAGAGCGCUCCUGGCAUGUUCCUCAGGAAGAGGAAAUUCCUGUUAGUGUACUAAGUAACAAUGAUUCAAUAUCUAAAUCUAAGAAAAAGAAACGUAGCAAAGACCUAUUAGAUCCUUUAGAAAUAAAACAAGAGAGACUGGACUAUUCUGAAAAUGGAAUUUCCACAACCCCAAUUAAUGAAGCUAAAGCAAAAAAGAGGAAAAGGAAAGAAUGCGAAGAGGGUAGUGUACCAUUGGACCCUUCUCAAAUACCAUCAAAGAAAAAGAAACACAGCGUUUAAAUUUUCUUGAAGGUAUCUGUACACGGUUGGGAUUACAUUUUAAUUGUUAACUGAGAAUUAUGGUUGAAACUUUUCUGCUUUGUUAGCUAACUAUUGGGUCUUCAAAAUUAUUUUGAAGUUAAUGUAAUGUGUUUCACUGAAUUAUUUUCAGUCCUUUAUUGUUGUGAUUGUUAAACUUUAUUGUGCCUUAAGUUUGUAUAAACUUUGUUCACAUAUUUUUGAUAAAAUGUGGUAUGUGUUUCAUUAAAUAUGAAAUUUUGAUUACAA